AUGGGGAUUAAAGGGCUGUGGUCAGAGGUGCGUCCCGUGUGCCGCCAAUCCCACCUGUCUAACUUUCGCGGCCAGCGUGUGGCGGUGGACAUGUACGUUUGGUUGCAUCGUGGCAUUUUGGGUAGCGUGCAGCUUGGGACGAGCGCGGAUGCAGAGGCAUUCGUCGAGUCUGUUGCAGCGGCACCCGAGGGCGCGGACGCAGGCGCGUCCGUGCGUCUCACCAACAAAUUUCUGCAGUUUGUGAUGGGCCGUGUGGAACUGAUGCUGCGGUGUGGCAUCCACCCCGUGCUGGUCUUUGAUGGGGCGUCGAUCCCUGUAAAGCAGGGCACGGAAGAGGAGCGGCAGCUGCUUCGGGCAGCGCGGCUAGCAGAGGCGGUGCAGCUGAUCAAGGGCAGGUCGGCGUCAAAUCCCUGCGCCAGGCAGGCGGCGGCACAGUUGUUGGAGAAGGGCAUGGACAUCACCACGGAACUGGCGCAUGCCGUGAUCCAGGUGUUGCAGGAACGACGGCUGGAGUGCAUUGUUGCCCCGUACGAGGCGGACGCCCAGCUGGCGUACCUGUGCAAGGAGGGGUACGUGCAGGCGGUUAUAUCGGAGGACAGCGACCUCAUCGCCUACCACUGCCCCUGCCUUAUCGCCAAGCUGGAUGGUCACGGGAACUGUGAGGUGCUCGCUGCGCAGGACCUGCCGCGGUGCCCGAGCUUCUACGGGCUCUCGUACGAGUCAUUCCUGGUUGGCUGCAUUCUUAGCGGGUGCGACUACCUGCCGAGUCUGCCGCAGAUUGGGGUGAAGAAGGCCUUCCGCCUCGUGGCCCAGGCCACCUCCGUCCCAAGCAUCAUGCGCACCCUGCAGGUGAAGUUCGGGUUUUCCAAAGACGAGCUCGACGAAUACGGGGCGAAGCUGCAACAGGCCUUCUACUGCUUUGCGCACCACUUCGUCUUUGACCCUGUUCGCAAGGAAGUCGUGAAUUUAACUCCGCUGCCACGCGGGAUUCCACUCAACACAAAACUCCUCGGCGCGGCGCUACCGAAGGACGUCGCCGAGAAGGUCUGUGCGGAGUGCCUCUACGACCCUGUCAGCAAGGCUUUAUACCGGGGCAGCUACCUGUACUGCGUCCAGGAGUACUGGCGGCACGUGCGCGGAGGACAGACCUCGCUGAAGGCGUAUAGCGGGUUUCAGGACAUGCAGUCCCCGCGGGUGACCAUUUUGUUGGGCCAAGGCGGCGCCGACGCAGCGGGGCGACGUGCCUCUCCCACCACAACAUUCUUUUCCUCACCGCUACAAAAAGUCCGUGAGGCAACGGGGUUCUGCGAAAAGGAGACCCGCGGCACGACGUUGGUGCGCUCCAAGUACUUCACCCAAGGGCGCUGGAAGGUGGAGGAUUGGGAGAGCGAGGAGGGCGAGGACACCGCGACGACAACACAGACCACCGCCACCACGUGUGACAGCACCGCGGCUGCGGCAGCCGUCUGCAAUGACGAGGCGGGGAGUCAAGCUUCCCAGUGGUGCGUCUCCUCGCUUCGGUUUGUGGCGAAAGACGCAAUAGGAGGAACCCCGUCGUCUGCUUCUCAAUCGACUACAAACCUGACGCAGGAGGAUGGGCUUGCGGCGCAGCCGCAGCGGCGGCAGGAUAGUAGCGGCCUGCCUGGGGCACCGGCCGCGUCAACAUCGCCUGUGCCGCCAACUUCUGUGCCGGAGCUACCGCAGGGGGUAAUGGCGGCGCCGCACCUUAACGAGGGCCAGCACCAGCAAGUGAAAGGCGGGUGCCCGUUUGGCUACCCCCAGUGCGGGCGGCGGCACUCCAUCUUUGAGCUCUGCUUCCAAGGGAAGUCGUGGUCGAAGGAAUUCGCCCCGCUUGUCAAUGAGGAGGCGAACACCGUGGUGGACGGGAUCCCCAGCGGCGGCGGCGGCGGGAGGAGCACCAAGCGCCCUGGCGGGUUUUCCCGUUCUUCCUCGUGGGGAGGCGCGGCUGAAAAGCGUCAACGCGAGGCGGCGUUACCGCCUUACUUUCGGCCCGUUUUUAGACCACCGGCGUCGACUGCCGCCGCACCACAUGCGGAGAAGUUGUCCCCCACCGCGAAGCGAAGGCUGCCGUCCUCCGCAGACCAGGCGAUGCAGCUGAUGCAGCGGCUUCACCCCGGGGACGCCGACUCCCCCACGGUCUCUUCCAAGGCAGACGACACCUGUCGUGGUAGCGGAGCGGCUGCUAAGAUGUUUGAAAAGCUUGGGUUUUCACGGCAGUGA